GUCGCCAACGGGCAGUCCGAGCUCAGGUCACGGUGCCGUGACGACCCCGCUCGUCAGGCAGGAGUGUCCGGCUGCGCCGGUGAUCUCGUCCCACUCGGGCGGACGGCUGGGCAACAACCUGGCGGAGUAUGCCACCAUCUACGCCCUGGGACUCAGGUACAACAUGACGGCGGUGGCCACGCCGUCCUUGCUGCGCUUCAUACGUCACGUGUCUCCCAACACGACACUCCCUGUGGUGAGUGACGCGUGUGCCGAGCAGCACUCGCCGAUCCUGGCGAGCCAGUUCGAGAAGCUCAGCGACGAGGAGCGGCGCGCGCACAGCUGGUACAUCAAAUACUACCCGCACCACGCGCGGCUCUUCUGGCGCUAUCGGCACCAGCUGUGCGACGAGUUCGCCAUCAGGCCGGAUCUAUCUCGGGACGCGCAGCUACAGCUGCUGAACGUGAGCCGUGGCCGAACAGGGCUGACAUUCGUCGGUGUGCACGUCCGCAGGACCGACUACGCCUCCCACCUCAAGAGUGUGUUCCGUGGCAAACCAGUAAGCGUGUCAUUCUACACAGCUGCUAUGGAGCUGUGUCGGCAGCGAUACAAGAACCCACUAUUCAUCUUGACUAGUGAUGACCUGUCAUGGUGCAGGGAGCACCUGCAGGCCGACGACGUAUACGUGCUCGGUGACAGCCGCACCGAGACCCCCGGUCCUGGACGGGACCUGGCUCUGCUGGCCGCCUGCAACCACACCGUGUUCGACUACGGCACCUACGGCUUCUUCGGAGCCUUCCUCGCAGGCGGCGACAUGAUCCUGGCGGACGGGUUUGCUGAGCUGGAGCACGAAAUUGUGACCGAGCUGCGUGUGGGCGGUAUCAAUGCCACGUUUCUGGACCCCAACGGCGUGCUACUGCCCCACUGUGUGCUCUGCACGUGACGUUAGGCUGUUGUUCCACUGUGUGUUCUGCACGUGACGUUAGGCUGUUGUUCCACUGUGUGUUCUGCACGUGACGUUAGGCUGCUGCCUCACUGUGUGUUCUGCACGUGACGUUAGGCUGCUGCUCCACUGUGUGUUCUGCACGUGACGUUAGGCUGCUGCUCCACUGUGUGUUCUGCAGGUGACGUUAGGCUGCUGCCCCACUGUGUGUUCUGCACGUGACGUUAGGCUGCUGCUCCACUGUGUGUUCUGCACGUGACGUUAGGCUGCUGCUCCACUGUGUGUUCUGCACGUGACGUUAGGCUGCUGCCUCACUGUGCGCUCUGCACGUGACGUUAGGCUGCUGCUCCACUGUGUGUUCUGCACGUGACGUUAGGCUGCUGCUCCACUGUGUGUUCUGCACGUGACGUUAGGCUGCUGCUCCACUGUGUGUUCUGCACGUGACGUUAGGCUGCUGCCCCACUGUGUGUUCUGCACGUGACGUUAGGCUGCUGCCCCACUGUGUGUUCUGCACGUGACGUUAGGCUGCUGCCUCACUGUGCGCUCUGCACGUGACAUCAGACUCCUGUGUCAUGCAGGGAUCUUCGCAGACGAAGAGAGAAGUACCAAUAAUUGUCAUGACACUUGCCUUCAGCUGACAACCCGGGUCCGCGUGCCGAAAAACACCAGUGUGCAAACUUGUACCUCAGAACCUGCGUUGUCAACUGGCUGGUUCGAAACAUACCAGUGACGACUUUUGGGCAGCAUUCGAUGAUGUGCCGACGGCGGAAAGCCGUCAUGCCCGCAUGUUUUGCUGAAAUGGGUUGCACUCAUUAAUAAUAUAUUUGAGCUGGAUGAGCAAAUGGCUGGCAGUGUAAAUGGGGGCGGCGCGAAUAGGUGGCUGUGGGUGGGUGCAAUGUCUCCGAUUCUGAGGCGAGCGCACGCAUUCUCCAAGCGGUCUUUUCGGCGUCGAGAUGGCCAGGGCGUGAUGUCAGGAUUAAUGUCACGAGGUUGUGUCCCAGUGGUGUUCGUCCAAUGUCGUACCCAAACACGCUUUGUCAGUGUGCGAAUAGAAGACUAUAGAUGUGUAAUCAAAAGAGGUGUGCGUUGUUUGUAUGGCUGAGAGAGCUUUUUUGGCCAAUUGGUCAGCCCUGGUCAUUCCCCAUGAUGGCUCUAUGGCCUGAAUUCAUCAACAUUGUAGGUUCAUUAACACUGUAGGUCCAUGCCCGGUGUGUGUAAGAGGUCAUAGAGAUCGACAUUGGCGGGCAGGUGGUGGUUUAAGUCAAGGCAAUGAGCGGCUGUGGAACUGCCUGGGAAUUGGAACUGCUUGGUAUUGUUCUCAUGUGACUAUUUCGUUGUAUGUGUUGCAACGCAACAAGAAAAACAUAUAAUUCUGCCAAUGAUACAGAGGUGCCAUCAAGUAACCGCUCAUUUCUGGAGUAAUAUGUGUCACGAAGUACUGCACACCUCAUGCGAGUGUCAACCUUUAAGCUCUCAGUGCAAAUAAAGCGGCAGCUUUUUA